UUCGCAAUGAACGCCGCAAAUAAACAGUCAGCGCAUUGCAUUAUGGGAAGCAAAAUGGACGGAGAAAGGACAAGAUAACGCAAACUCGUCUCGCUUUGGGGAACUUUACUCUUUUUAGAUUCGCGCUGAGGAAAAUAACAAUGUAUAAGCUGGAUUUGUUCGGACGUGCUGUCAGAGCGCUCGCGGCAGGAUCAAGCGGACUCCAGGCGAAGCGUUUCUUGCUGUCCUGUGUGAGACAUGAGAGUGUGUGCAGAACUCACAUCAGAAAACACAGUCAAGAUCAACCCACACACACCGCAGGACACUUGACCUGUUACAGCCUACCGCACAGGACUCUUAUCAACAUAUCUGGACAUGACACGAACUCUUUUCUUCAAGGAAUUAUCACCAAUGACAUGGAUCUUCUGGGAGAAGAUGGACUCACAGCCAUGUAUGCGCACAUGCUCAAUGUUCAAGGCAGGACACUGUAUGACAUCAUCAUUUACAGUUUAAAAGAAAACCCAAGUGGACAUAAUGGGGUACUUCUGGAGUGUGACAGCACUGUACAGGACUCCAUCAUACGGCAUCUGAAAGUGUACAAGAUACGUCGCAAAGUGAGCAUCAGCCUCUGUCCCAGUCUCUCACUUUGGGCUUUGUUUCCUCAAGAUAAAGAUGCAGUGCUGGGAAAGUCAAAGCCAGAUUUUACUGCAGCAGACAAAGUGUUGGUGCUGGGAAAAGACCCAAGAACUGAACUCAUGGGCUGGAGAAUGAUCACUAAUAGUGAGGUCAAUCCAACGGAGAUCAUCUCGGCCUGUCGAGCGGGCAACACUGAAGAAUACCACAGACACCGCUAUGAAAUUGGACUUCCUGAAGGAGUCAAAGACCUCCCGCCAGGUGAGGUCCUUCCACUGGAGUCUAACCUGGUCUACAUGCAGGGAAUCAGCUUCAGCAAGGGCUGCUACAUCGGACAGGAACUAACUGCCAGAACUCACCACACUGGUGUAAUACGGAAGCGCCUAAUGCCUGUGACCAUGUCUGCCCCAGCUGAGAAUCUGGACCAAGGGGCUACUUUGGAGACUGAAGGGGGCAAACCAGCAGGGAAGCACAGGGCAGGAAUUGGCAAACUGGGCUUGAGCCUUAUACGCUUGGCUCAUGCAAAAGAGUCCCUCAAAGUUAAAUCCUCUGAUGAUAUGACAGUGACUCUACAGGCCAGCGUGCCUGACUGGUGGCCAAAAAAUGCGAAAGAUAAAUGAAGGGUUAAUCAGCAACACCAGAAUAAGGUCUGUUUUGUUCAGAUUAGCACUCCUGUUACACAUGCUGUUUUUUAAUGGCCAAUAAGACUGCUGUUAUUGCACUGCAAAAGAUAUUUAUUUAGAUUUUGAGUCAAUCACUACAGCCAUUUUUCAGAGAUGUUGAUUAAAAAUAAAAUUCCUUAAACACAUUUCUUUGUUAGUCAUAUUCUUACAGUAGUUGUAAUUUCCAAGUUCACCUGUUCAACUCCUACUUCCAAGUUAGUUCAUCAUUAUUACGACGUCACACAUUCAAGUAAAAAAAAAUAAUGGCAGUAGCCGAACAAUCUGACAAGGCAUCAGUUUUACACCGUCAAACAACCUAUAUGCUUUAUUUAUACAUGGUAUCUUACAAAUAAUACAUUUUCAUAAAGCAAACCACGAAGGGUGAAAUAUUAGCUUUGCAUUAUUUGACUGUAAGAUCUUAAUAUGAUUGAAAUUCAGCAGUAAAUAUGUGAAUAAAUUUGCAAAAAUGAAUUCGCUACAUCUACUUCUAUGAUGAUAUGCCCUUUCCAGUUUCACAACUUGGGCAUCAUUAAGCAAGUUUAUGCUGACUACUAUUAAAAAAUCAGCUUAUUGACGAAAACUGACAAUGUUAGUAGUCCUGAGAUGCAUGACAUAAUCAGAUUAUUCUCUGCUUUUGAUGUCAAAACGUAAACAGUCAUGUGCACAACACCUGUACACAUUGAAUAAAUUGGUAUGAAUGCUAGUAAAGGUGUUUACAUGCAGAGUGAAAUCAGGUCAUGGGCAAAAAUAUUGAUUGUUUUUUGCUUAAACAGUUUAUGCCCUUACCCCCAUUAAGGGGAUAGUUCACCCAAAGAUGAACAUUCUCUCAUCAUUUACUCACCCUCAUGCCAUCACAGAUGUGUGUGACUUUCUUUCAUCUGAAGAACACAAAUUAUGAUUUUUAGAAGAAUAUUUCAGCUCUGUAGGUCUUCACAAUACAAGUGAAUGGUUAUCAGAACUUUGAAUCUCCAAAAAUCACAUAAAGGCAGCAUAAAAGUAAUCCAUACGACUCCAGUGGUAUAAUCCAUGUCUUCAGAAG